AUGGCGCCUGGCAACGCGAGCCUGCCGCCUAAUCUCACGCAGCAAAAUGUCCAGGAGAUCCUUCAGAAAUAUAAGCAGAUGCAAGAACAAGGCCUGGGCCCUGAUGAUCCAGAGUUCCUCAAGGCUCAUAAUCUGCUCAGUGCUAUUCAACGCCAGCAGACCUUCCAAAGGCAACAGCGCGAACAGCGCCAACAGCAGCAGCAGCAGCAGCAGGUCAACGGCGCUGCCCCCGAUGUUGCCAAUGGCUCUCAUGUUGCUCAGAAUCAGAAAAACGCGACUGUCGGCAGUGGCAACUUCUCACCAGAGCAAUUGGCUACCCUUCGGAACCAGAUUUUGGCUUUCAAGAUGUUGUCCAAGAACCUCGCCAUUCCCCCACGUGUCCAAGAGCAGCUUUUCCAAAAUCAAAAGAAAUCUCAACCACCUACUCCCAUAGACAACAUCACCGCAGCCGAGAAGGUUAUUGAGGCUGCGAAUGACAACUCUGGUACUCAGGCCGCUGAAAGCUCAGAGAGCGAGGUCAUGACUCGGGAGUGGUACGACAACUUCCAGUCUCCAUACGACUCGCUUUCCAAGACCAUUAGCUACACUGACCACGCCAAUCGUGCCAAUCGCGUGCGCAUCCCCGCUCUUUUGCCUGCUGGUAUCGACAUGGAGCAGAUGCGCGAAGAUCGUGAGAUCAUUUUGUAUAAUAAAAUCACUGCCCGCAAAGCAGAACUUGCCCAACUUCCCGCCAACCUUGGUGUGUGGAACACUGGCAAGAGUGACACGCCAACAUACGAUGAUUCUCUCAAGUUGAAAGCCCUGAUCGAGUACAAAUCGCUCAAUCUCUUAGCUAAACAACGGCAAUUCCGCAAGACGCUCCAGACCGAGAUGUUCCAUUACAAUAACCUCGGAAUGACAGCUAAUCGAUCAAGUCACCGCCGUAUGAAGAAACAGUCUCUGCGCGAGGCUCGCAUCACCGAGAAGCUUGAGAAACAACAGCGCGACGCUCGCGAAUCACGAGAAAAGAAGAAGCAGUACGAUCAGCUGCAAGCGAUCCUCAAUCACAGUGCUGAACUCGCCAAUGCAUCUCUGCAGCAACGAACCCGUUCGCAGAAGCUGGGUCGUAUGAUGCUUUCACACCACCAGCACAUGGAACGUGAAGAGCAGAGGCGCGUGGAGCGGACCGCUAAGCAGCGUCUGCAGGCUCUUAAGGCUAACGACGAGGAGACCUAUCUCAAGCUUUUGGGACAAGCUAAGGAUUCGCGUAUCUCUCAUCUGCUUAAACAGACCGAUAAUUUCCUGAAGCAGCUUGCUGCGUCCGUCAAGGAACAGCAGCGUAGCCUGGCGCAUCGCUAUGGUGAGGAGCAUGACUAUGAUUCAGAGUCCGAUCAGGAGAUUGCGGAUAGCGAAAAUGAGGGAGACAGUAACACCACCACUGGAAAGAAGAAGGUUGAUUACUAUGCAGUUGCUCAUCGCAUCAACGAAGAGGUUACUUCGCAGCCUGAGAUGCUCGUGGGAGGAACCCUUAAAGAGUAUCAGCUGAAGGGUCUGCAAUGGAUGAUAUCACUGUACAACAAUAACUUGAACGGUAUCUUGGCUGAUGAGAUGGGUCUUGGAAAGACGAUUCAGACGAUCAGUUUGAUUACUCAUAUCAUCGAAAAGAAGAAGAACAACGGGCCAUUCUUGGUUAUUGUCCCACUGUCCACCCUUACCAAUUGGAACAAUGAGUUUGACAAGUGGGCGCCUGGCGUGAGCAAGGUGGUCUACAAAGGUCCCCCCAACGCACGAAAGCAGCAACAACAGCAGAUUCGCUGGGGCAACUUCCAGGUCCUUCUCACCACUUACGAAUACAUUAUCAAGGAUCGUCCCGUUCUAAGCAAGAUCAAAUGGACUCACAUGAUUGUUGACGAAGGUCACCGCAUGAAGAACACUCAGUCCAAGCUCAGCAGCACCCUCUCAACAUACUACACCAGUCGCUACCGUAUCAUUCUGACUGGUACUCCUUUGCAAAAUAACUUGCCCGAGUUGUGGGCUCUUCUCAACUUCGUGCUUCCCAAUAUCUUCAAGUCUGUCAAGUCUUUCGAUGAGUGGUUCAAUACUCCUUUCGCGAAUACUGGUGGUCAGGACCGUAUGGAUCUAAGCGAAGAAGAACAGCUUCUUGUUAUCCGUCGUCUCCACAAGGUUCUCCGACCAUUCUUGCUUAGACGUUUGAAGAAGGAUGUCGAGAAGGAUCUGCCUGAUAAGCAGGAACGUGUCAUUAAGUGUCGAUUCUCCGCUUUGCAGGCCAAGCUGUACAAGCAGCUCGUUACUCACAACAAGAUGGCUGUGACCGACGGCAAGGGCGGCAAGACCGGAAUGCGUGGACUCAGCAACAUGCUUAUGCAGUUGCGAAAGCUUUGCAAUCACCCCUUCGUCUUUGAGCCUGUUGAGGAUCAGAUGAACCCUACCCGCAUGUCCAACGACCUUCUGUGGCGUACGGCCGGAAAAUUCGAGCUUCUCGAUCGCAUUCUGCCGAAAUUCCGUGCCACGGGCCACAGAGUCCUGAUGUUCUUCCAGAUGACUCAAAUUAUGAACAUUAUGGAGGAUUUCCUUCGACUCCGAGGAAUGAAAUAUCUCCGUCUUGACGGAUCAACCAAGUCUGAUGACCGCUCGGAUCUUUUGAAACAGUUCAAUGCUCCUGGAUCUGAUUAUUUCUGCUUUUUGCUUUCCACCCGUGCAGGUGGUCUUGGUCUGAACCUGCAAACUGCAGACACUGUCAUCAUCUAUGAUUCGGAUUGGAACCCUCACCAGGAUUUGCAAGCUCAGGAUCGUGCUCAUCGUAUUGGUCAGAAGAACGAGGUCCGAAUUUUGCGGCUUAUUAGCUCCAACUCGGUCGAAGAGAAGAUUCUCGAGCGUGCGCAGUUCAAAUUGGACAUGGACGGCAAGGUCAUCCAAGCUGGAAAAUUCGACAACAAGUCCACAAAUGAGGAGCGAGAUGCACUUUUGCGAACUCUCCUGGAUACUGCAGAAGCUGCGGAACAGAUUGGUGAUCACGACGAAAUGGACGACGACGAACUCAACGAAAUCAUGGCACGAUCCGAAGAAGAAAUCCCUAUCUUCCAGGAAAUUGACCGGCAACGAAUUGCUACCGAUCAGUAUGGCCCCGGCCACCGCUACCCUCGACUUAUGUCCGAACAAGAAUUGCCCGAGAUCUACAUGCAGGAGGACAACCCUGUCACCGAAGAGGUUGAGGUUGAAGUCACUGGCCGUGGUGCUCGUGAGCGCAAGGUGACCAAGUACGAUGACGGUCUCACUGAAGAGCAAUGGUUGAUGGCAGUUGAUGCCGACGACGACACAAUCGAAGAAGCGAUUGCCCGCAAGGAAGCUCGUGUUGAGCGCCGCAGGUCUAACAAGCUUGGGCGUGACGCCGAUGAAUCUUCACCUGAACCUGAUCUCGAUGAGGAGGAGACCCCUCAAAAGCAGAAACGCCGUCGUGGGCCUCCUCCUAAGCGCAAGGCUGAGGAGGUUGUGGAGGAAACCCCGCAGCCUAAGCGCAAGAGAGGCCGCCAGCCUAAAGUUCCUGAUACUCUGAACCCCACUGACCGUGCCAACUUGACUCGCAUUCUUGACACUGUGAUCCAAUCACUGAUGGACAUGGAGGCUGAAGUGCCACCGGAGGGCUCUGACAGUGAAGAGGGUCCCAUUGUUCGUGCAAUCAUCGAUCCAUUCAUGAAGCCCCCACCACGCUCUUAUUAUCCCGACUACUACAUGAUUAUUCAAAAUCCCAUCGCUGUGGACGGGAUUCAAAAGAAGAUCAAGCGGGCCGAUUACCAGAGCUUGAAGCAAUUCCGCGACGACAUUCACUUGCUCUGCCAGAAUGCUCGCACUUACAACGAAGAUGGCAGUCUGCUUUUCCAGGAUGCCAACGAUAUCGAGGCCAAGUGCUUAUCGGAAUUGCGACGUCUGACCGAAGCUCACCCCGAGCUCGCUAACUUCGAAGAUCAAGUUCCCGGUGAUGGCUCGACGGGGGUCGCCUCGGGUGCUGAUACUCCCCUCAGUGGCACUCCAGGCCAGCCAAAACUGAAGCUCACCUUCAACAACCCCAACCGGGACAGCCCUGCGAAUGGCGCUGAGUUCGGUAUGGGCGAAUGA